AGUGCGGAGAUGGCAGAACGGAUGAAGAAUAACACGGUGGUGCAUCAGCUGCUGCAAGUGUCGUCGUCGUCGUCUUCGGAGAGUGAGGCGGAGGAAGAGGCGGUGGUGGAGAUCGAAGAGCAAGCGCCUCCGCCGGCAUGGAACCCCGCAAACGGCAUCAGUACUGGCCUUGCCCUCGGCAUCAACAAAAGGAGGCUGCUUUCGAAGCAGUUGUCGAUGAGGGAGACGAGAAUGGAGGCCAAGUGGGAGAAGAGGAGGAGGCAGAUACUGCAGACGAGGCGUCUGAUGGAGGGAGGCGGCCGCGGAGAAGGAGGAGGAGGAGAUGAGGAGGCGACCGAGGGGAGCGAGAGGCGGUUGGAUGGAAGGACGAGGAGCUUGACCGACGAGGACCUCGACGAGCUCAGGGGUUCCAUCGACCUUGGGUUUGGCUUCAACGAAGAGGAAGGUGGACAAGGCCUCUGCGACACUCUCCCCGCCCUCAACCUAUACUUCGCCGUCAACCGCCAGCUCUCCGACCCCAAGCUUCAAUCAUCGCCGAGCCCGGCCUCCACCCCGACCGCCACCUCUUCGUCAUCCGCUCUGGACGGCCUCCCGAGCCCGCGAAGUCCCAACGAACAGUCGCAAUCAGGAGCUUCAGAUUGUUGGAAGAUCUGCAAUCCAGGAGACAGUCCGCAGCACGUGAAGACAAGAUUGCGGCAUUGGGCACAGGCGGUGGCUUGUUCUCUGAGACAAAGCUGGUGAUGGCAAACGACAGGAGAAGAGGAGUAUCAUCUGAGCGGAUCUCACAUCUUCUGUAUAUAACAAAGAUUGGACUUCAAGAGAGGGAGGGGUCAACGAAGGUUUAUUUCUUUUUUAGACACUUGAGGUCAUAUCGUGUUUCAGAAUCCGGCAAUAGUAGCAGCAGCAGCAGCAGCAAGGAGUAAUUGGAGGAUGGUGUAAAUUAGCAAACUAAUGAGGAUUGA